UACCGGUAGCGGUGGCAAUGGCAGCAGCCAAGCCUUUCCUCCCUUCGUCUCUUCUCCCGGCCCCUCCUCGCCGGACCGAGCCGCGCCGAUGUAGAUGUCUGGGCGUUCCGGUGGGACCCCGCCGGCCGCGGCGGCAGGGGCGGGGGGCCUUGGCGGCGGUGGCUCGCCUAUCGCUCCUCCCUGACCCGCUGUUCCUCCUCGACGUCUCGUCGGCGGCGGGCGACGUGGGGUACUCCCAGGCGAGCUACUACACGUCGCUGGGGCUGUUCGUGAUCUCGGUUCCUGGUCUCUGGUCCCUCAUCAAACGCUCCGUCAAGUCCAAGAUAGUGCAGAAGACGUUUGUAAGGGAAGAGGGAGCGGCGGUGACCCCGAACCAGGUGGCUGGAGAGAUCUUAUCCUUCUUCACUCGCAACAACUUCGCCGUCUCCGACCGCGGCGAAACCAUCACAUUUGAAGGCAUGAUGGUUCCAAGCAGAGGGCAAGCAGCACUACUGACCUUCUGCACCUGCAUUAGUCUAGCAAGCGUUGGCCUUGUCCUGUCGAUCGCAGUUCCAGAAGGAGGCAAUAACUGGUUUUGGCUAACAAUUCUAAGCCCACUGGCGGGAUUGUAUUACUGGAAACGGGCAUCUCGUAAGGAAGAGAUCAAGGUGAAGAUGAUAGUUGGUGAUAACGGAAGCAUUUCGGAGAUCGUUGUUCGUGGAGACGACCAGCAAGUGGAGCAGAUGAGGAAAGAUCUCCGUCUAAGCGAGAAAGGAAUGGUUUAUGUCAAAGGCAUCUUUGAGAGAUAGAGAUCGGAACUGUUCUUCAAUAUGUAAAAAUCACAAAACCGAGGAAGAAAGAGAUGUUCCUUUGUUUCCAAUAUCAAUUUUGUAGCGUAAUUAUCUGCAUAAGAAUGAGAAGUUAUUCUUGAGA